UUUGACCAAACUGAUCCUGAAAGGCGGAGAAGAAGGAAAAGCUUGAAGGCAGAAGAAGCUGCAGUUCUAGUCGGACCCAGCAGGGGGAGCUUUUACCCCUCAGCUUAUAGAAAGACAGAGAAGGAGGAGCAGGAGCUCCAGUUACAGUCAGAGGAUGGCUCCCAGGAGGAUGGAGACCAAGCCGGUGAUCUUCUUCCUGAAGAUGCUGCUGCUGCUCUACUCCUUCAUCUUCUGGGUGACAGGUGUGGUCCUGCUGGUGGUGGGUCUAUGGUGGAAGUUCAUGUUGGGCCCCUACAUGUUGCUGAUCUCCAACAGCCCCUCCAAUGCUCCCUACGCCCUCGCAGGUACCGGCGCCGCCAUCAUCCUGUUCGGACUCUUCGGAUGCGUCGCCACCUUCAAGGGCCGCCCCUGGAUGCUGAAACUGUACGCCCUGUUUUUGUCUCUGGUCUUCAUUACUGAACUCAUCGCUGGAAUCUCUGGAUUCAUCUUCCGUCACGAGAUUAAAGGAACCUUUUUAACCUCCUUCUCUCAAGCCGUGAUGUGGUACAACGGAUACGAUGAAAGAAGCAUGGCUGUGGACGGCGUCCAGCGCACAUUGAAAUGCUGCGGAGUGCAUAACUACACCAGCUGGUUCAGCAGUGUGACCUUCCCCGUCAGCGGGAUCCCUGCCAGCUGCUGCGCUACCUUCACCGAGUGCAGCGGUGCCGACCUGAAGAACGCAACUCUGGCUCCACGCAAGGUCUACAGACAGGGCUGCUAUGAGCUGGUGGUGUCCUUCAUAGAGAGCAACAUGGGGAUCAUUGCAGGCGUGACCUUUGGCGUGGCGUUCUCCCAGGUGGUUGGAGUGUCUCUGGCCUGCUGCUUGUCUCACCUCAUCAACACCAACCAGUAUGAGAUAGUCUGACGGCUGAGCUGUGUCCUUCACCCGCCUCAUGGGGGGUUCCUCUGUCUGACCUCCUGCUGUCUCCGCCCAUCCGAUGAGGACUGGGGCGUCACCAGGGAAACCGGCAGGAACGAACACCGUCUGGCUGUUUCCUGUAUUCAUUCUGUUUUAAGUGCAGUAUUUAAAUGUGCCCAGCAGGGGGAGCCACAGUUCUGGUGGUGUUCCUGCUCAAACUGUGGACAAACUGCAAGAGUUUCAAUGUUUGUGUUUAGAAAAUAAAGGUUUUCUGAAGCUGAGCUGAUGAAUCACAACGAA